AUGACUCUUAGGCAGAGUGAGCCAAUUGCCAUUGUAGGCAGCGCCUGUCGCUUCGCUGGGGAAGCUAGCUCUCCAUCCAAGCUCUGGGAUAUCCUGAAAGAACCCAGAGAUCUUCGUCGCGAAGUUACAGAUCGCUUCAAGAUCAAAAGCUUUUACCAUCCAGAUUCAUCACAUCACGGACACAGCAACGUUACGCAUGCAUAUCUGCUAGAUGAAGACCUUGGCGGCUUCGAUGCCGAGUUCUUUGGUGUAAAACCCGUUGAAGCUAAGGCUAUCGAUCCCCAACAGCGUCUUCUUAUGGAAGUCGUAUAUGAGGGAUUGGAAUCAGCCGGUAUGGAUAUGAAUGGACUACGUGGAAGUGACACUGGUGUCUAUGUCGGAGUAAUGGUGGGCGACUACGGAACAAUGACUUUGCGCGAUAUGGAUCAAAGUCCCACAUACUAUGCCACUGGUACUGGAAGAAGCAUUCUCUCAAACAGAGUCUCUUACUUCUUUGAUUGGCAUGGUCCAUCCAUAUCCAUUGACACUGCGUGCUCAUCCAGUCUUAUCGCAGUUCACAUGGCUGUGCAGUCUCUCCGAAGCGGUGAAAGUCGCAUGGCGGUUGCAUGCGGUUCAAAUUUAAUCUUGGGACCUGAAAACUUUAUCAUAGAGAGCAAAUUAAAAAUGCUUUCCCCUGAUGGCCGCAGUCGCAUGUGGGACGAAGGCGCCAAUGGCUAUGCUCGUGGUGAAGGUGUAGCCUCUAUCGUCCUUAAGACCCUUAGUGCUGCACUUGCGGAUGGAGAUCAUAUUGAAUGCAUUAUCCGGGAAACCGCCACAAACCAAGACGGUGCCACUGACGGCAUUACAAUGCCUAGUGCAGCUGCCCAGGAGUCCUUGAUUCGCUCUAUCUAUACACGCGCAGGACUAGAUUUGCAAUCCCCCAUCGAUCGACCACAUUAUUUCGAAGCCCAUGGAACUGGUACCCCAGCUGGAGACCCAAUCGAGGCACAGGCCAUCCACAACGCUUUCUACGGUUCUUCCAAGGGAAACCUACAACUUAACAGUGACUGCCAACCUCUUUACGUUGGAUCUAUCAAGACUGUGCUUGGGCAUACUGAGGGUACGGCAGGUAUUGCAGCUGUUCUCAAGGCAUCCGAAGCUAUCCGACGUGGGACCAUACCUCCAAACAUGUUAUUUAACUCCCUUUCGGAUCGCGUGAAGCCAUUCUACAAGGGAUUGGAGAUCCCUGUUGCUGCUAAGCCCUGGCCACAACUUGCUAUAGGUCCACGAAGGGCUAGCGUAAACAGCUUCGGUUUUGGCGGCUCAAACGCCCAUGCUAUUUUGGAAAGUUAUGACAAUACCGCUUCCUCGAGCAGUAAAACAGUGUUUGGUCCUCUUGUAUUUUCUGCUUUAUCAGAGAAGUCCUUGCGCUGCUCCCUGUCAGCAUACGCGGAAUAUUUGACCAACGAAGGAGACUCCCUCAACAUAGCAGACCUCGCGUUUACCUUGCGCCAGCGACGUACUGCUUUCCCUUACCGUGCCUCAAUUGCAGCUUCAUCGAUUGGAGAUCUCAAAGCUAAAUUGAUCGCUAAAUUGAAAGACGAAGACACUCCAGUGGGCAUCAAAGCCUUGCCGAAAUCCAAACAUGGCGUUGCAAAAGUGUUGGGCAUAUUUACCGGGCAGGGAGCUCAAUAUGCUCGCAUGGGCGCUGAACUGAUAGAGAACAAUGAGGUGGCGCGAGAAAUUAUUCGGGAGAUGGAAAAUCAUCUUGCUGCGCUGCCGUCAAAAGACCGCCCUACCUGGUCGCUCGAGCGAGAGAUUCUAGCUGCUCCCGAGACAUCCCGUGUUAGCGAGGCCGUGUUGUCUCAGCCAUUGUGCACUGCGAUUCAAGUUCUGCUGGUUGAUAUCCUUCGUAUGGCUGGUAUUGAAUUCGAUGCAGUCGUUGGACACUCUUCCGGUGAAAUUGCGGCUGCGUAUGCUGCCGGAUUUCUAACGGCGAGGGAUGCUAUCUACAUUGCCUACUAUCGUGGUUUGCAUGUUCAAUUUGCAGCCAGCCCCACUGGCCGCAGCGUGAAAGGCGCCAUGGUUGCAGUAGGUAGCUCAAAAGAAGACAUGGAUGAGCUAUGUGCGGAUGAGAUGUUCCAAGGACGUAUCAGCAUCGCUGCUAACAAUUCGACAUCGAGUGUGACCGUUUCUGGUGAUCAAGAUGCCAUUGCUGAGCUUCAAGACAUCUUGGAUGAUGAGAAGAAGUUCAACAGGAAGCUCCGUGUUGACACCGCAUAUCACUCCAACCAUAUGCUGGCCUGCGUUAAGCCAUACAUUGAGUCACUCCGUCGUUGUGGAAUUUCUCCACAGAAGCCAAAUACAAAAUGUGUAUGGUACUCAAGUGUUUACAACAAGCUUGUCGACCACGAUAUGGCUCUUGGGGAUGUCUACUGGGCGGACAACAUGGCGAAACCCGUAUUGUUUUAUGAUGCUCUCGUGACUGCGCUUGCGUCCAACUCGUAUGACUUGGCAAUGGAAGUCGGCGCACAUCCAGCUCUGAAGGGGCCUGGUACGCAGACCAUCCAAGAGGUUCAGGGUAAGGAUAUACCUUAUAUCAGCCUUCUCACCCGCGGAACAAGUUCCCUGGAAGCUUCUGCAGCAGGACUAGGUUACUUAUGGUCUCACCUUGAUAAAUCAUUGGUGGAUCUCAAUGACUACGAAGUUGCGAUGCUUGGAGGUAAAAAGUGCUUCCAGGUCCUCAAAGGUCUUCCUAGCUAUCAAUGGAAUCAUGAACGCAGUUACUGGCAUGAGACCAGAAUGUCACGAAAGAUCUACCAGACUCAAGAGCCAUUCCACCCAAUGCUGGGCCACCUCACUCCGGACAGUGCCCCUCACCAGAUGAUUUGGAAGAACCUUCUCCGGGAGAAUGAGAUGUAUUGGCUUGCUGGACACAAGGUUCAGAGUCAAACCGUUUUCCCAGCGGCAGGUUACCUGUCCUCAGCUAUGGAAGCAUCUAGUCAUCUUGCGGAGUCUGUGAACGAAGCUAUUCGCCUGAUAGAGAUCAAGAACUUUGUCAUUCACCAAGCAAUUGCAUUCGACCAAGAUCAUCCAGAUAUCGAGGUUUUGAUCCAAAUGGCUAACGUUAAACAUGAGCGGAAAUCCAAUCGUAUUCUAGCAACUUUCACCUACUCAGCUGUUCUGAGUGCUGUUGCUGAGGACUUCACGUUGGCAGCAAGCGGAGACGUUGAGAUCUUGUUGGGAGAGCCUUCAGCAUCCCUUUUGCCAACACGUCCACCACCACUUUCACACGUUAUUGACGUUGAGACUGACAACUUCUAUAAUGCGUUGGCCGAUCUGGGUUACAAUUUUAGCGGUCGAUUCCGUUCCUUGUCUUCCCUUCACAGAAAGCACUACCGUGCUACGUGUCUUGUGAAGAUGCAACCACUUAGCGAGGGUGAAUUCCCCUUAUUGAUUCAUCCAACAGAACUUGAUGCCGUACUGCAGUCCAUCAUUUUGGCUUACAGCUAUCCGUAUGACGAACAAUUACGUACUAUUCACUUACCCACUUCUAUUCAGCGGAUUAGAAUCAACCCAGCACUUUGUAAUGCAACUGCCUGGCAGCAAGGAGAAUUUGCUCCAGUGGACUCGGCUAUUGUUCCUCGAAAGCCAGAUGAGAGGGGUAUUACUGGGCACGUCCAACUCUAUUCAUAUGCAGACCAACAUGCUGCCAUUCAGGUCCAAGGAGCAAGCUUCAUGCCCUUUGGUGGUAGCACGGCGGAAGCCGACCGCAAGGUCUUUUCCAGAGUGGAUUGGAUUAGCGAUCGAUUGGACGGUGAAACAGCAGCUCUUGAUAUUCCUCUCGGAGGGAGCCACCGCAACAUGGUCAUUAUGCUAGAGAGAAUUGCGACCUUCUACCUCCGAAAAUUCCACAAGGAAGUGCCUCCUGACCAUCCCAUCAGAUCCGAGUUCACCACUAAAUGGUAUCUCAACUACGCCCGGUAUAUCACGGAUAUGGUAGAGAGCGGAAAGCACAAAUGGGCUAAGAAAGAGUGGCUGAAUGACACCCUUGAAGACGUCAAAAAUUGCAGCAAGGACUUCGCUCACAUUCCCGAUGUCCAGAUCAUGCAUCUCGUGGGAGAACAAAUGCCACAUGUAUUUGCAGGCAAGACCACGAUUCUCGAACAUUUCCGGGCAAACGACAUCCUUGAUCGUUACUACGCAACUGGUUUCGGAUUGAGAGAAUCCGGCCAAUGGGUUAGUCGAACAGUGAAGCAACUUGUUGAACGCUUCCCACAUAUGAAUAUUCUUGAAGUUGGUGCUGGAACUGGUGGCGCCACGAAAGCUAUAUUCCGGGAGAUCGGUUCAAGCUUCAAAUCCUACACAUACACGGAUAUCUCAGCGGGCUUUUUCGGAAAUGCUGCUGGCAUUUUCUCCCAACAUAGAGACCGUAUGAUCUUCAAGACGUUUAAUGCCGAGAACGACCCAUUAGAUCAAGGUUUCGUUGAAGGUUCUUACGAUCUUAUCGUCGCUUUUUUCGUCAUUCAUGCUACUAGCGACCUGGAGAAAUCUCUACGCCAUAUCCGUCGUCUCCUCAAGCCAGGUGGUUUCCUUGUCGUUGGUGAAGGUCAGGAAGGUAUGAAUGGUGUAGCUAGCAGUGGUUUCAUCUUCGGCACUCUUCCUGGCUGGUGGCUUGGUACUGAUACCGGUCGUGAACUAUCACCUCACGUUUCUCCACAAGGAUGGGUUGAGCUCCUUCAUAAGACUGGCUUCGGCGGUGUUGAGUCUCAUUCCCCGGACUCUUUCGAAGAUGUGCUCAAUGUUUUCCACUUUUCAGCACAAGCUGUUGACGAUGAGGUCAGCUUCUUACGAAAUCCUCUUUCGACAAGUUCUUGGAAGCCAACUCCCAUCGAAAAGUUGGUCAUCGUUGGUGGUAAAACUCAACGAAGUGCCCGCCUUGUGGAACCCCUGAAGUCGCUUCUGAGACCGUAUGCUGAUCAAAUGUUCUCUUACUCUUCACUACUUGAUGUCGACUUUGAUGUGGUUGACGCUGACUCGACGGUGCUGAGCUUGACGGAAUUGGACCAUCCCGUCUUCAAAGACAUCUCUGCGGAGACUUUCAUGGGCUUGAAACAAAUGUUUGAGUCAGGAAAAACCCUCCUCUGGGUGACAAGCGGUCGUCGUGGUGACGAGCCAUAUUGCAACAUGACUGUUGGAUUUGGUCGAACAGCGCAGCAUGAAACUCCUGAUUUGAAUCUUCAGCAAUUGGAUCUUGAAGAUCCAGAAAAUGCAAGCGCCGAGGCGGUCGCAGAGAUUUUACUCCGCUUUCAUGUUACAAAGAACAAGAAGGAGGAACAUCUCUGGAAUCCUGAGCCUGAGUUGAUUAUUGCCAAGGAUGACUCUCGUCUUGUCACGCGAUUGAAGCCCAUAUCUGAGCUCAAUGAUCGAUACAACUCAGCACGACGACUCAUCACUCGGGAGCAGCCAAUUACAGGGCAAAGUCUUACUUUGACUUUCAGUGACAGUGGCUGCUCCAUCAAGAAUCAAUCAAAAUAUGAGGUCGAGUUGCUGGAGCACAACAAUCCCGAUGGUCUUAUUCAUUUCCAGACUUCACAUGCCGUUCUUUCUGCCCUGAAAACCCCUGCAGGCUUCAAAUACCUUGUAUCUGGUUCGCAGGAAGGAAGUGAUACUUCCUACCUCACACUUGUCUCAUCACUAUCCUCAACUACUAGGGCUCAAUUGGGAUCCGCUCUCACUUACAAUAACGCCACUAUUGCAAGUGUAGAGUUGCUGACAAAGGUUGCCGCUCAUCUUAUCGCCCAAAAUAUUGUUGGACCUCUCUACAACGGUCAGACUUUACUGAUCCACAACGCCGCUGUUGGUGUCGCCGAGGCAAUUGAGAACCUAGCUUGCGAGAAAGGUGUUCAUGUCGUCUACACGUAUGACUUUUCAGCCGAGGAGGUUCCUAACAACUGGAUAAAACUUCACGACUAUCUCAGCACUCCAGAUGUUCAAGAAAUCUUGCUCGCUGAACCCGCUUCAUUCGUCAGCUUUACGGAGAUUGAUAUCACUGAGAAUGAGAAUACCUUGAUCUCCACUCUUUCCAAGGACUGCCUAAUCAUGACAGCUAAGAUGUUAUAUUCUUUGAGUGCAUCUCCUUCUCACAUUGCAGUUCCUCCAGCUCUCAAAGAAAACCUAUCUAAGGCCCUCCAAUACGCUCAAAGUGGAUCUGGCUCAGCAACGUUAGGCGAGUCUGUCAAUCUCGAAAUUCUGGCUCGGGAAAGAAGACCUUCGCAGCCGUUGACUAUAAUUGAGUGGAAGGCAGACUCUCCAUUGCCGGUUCAACAGACCCGCUUGGACUCUACUACCAUGUUUAAGGGUUCGGAUAGUACAUAUUGGAUUGUCGGCAUGUCCGGAGCGCUAGGUCUUUCUCUUGCUGAUUGGAUGAUUAGCAAGGGUGCCAGGAACGUCGUUCUGACAAGUAGGAACCCCGAUGUUGCGCCAGAAUGGCUAGCUGCCCACAAACGGAGAGGGGCCACCGUUGCUGUUUUUGCUUGCAAUGUUACGAAUGAGAAAGGCAUGCAUGACGUUCAUCGUCAAAUAAAGGAGACCCUACCGCCCAUUGUUGGAGUUAUGAAUGGAGCUAUGGUGUUGCGCGACGUAUCCAUACGCAAUAUGUCUUACCAAGAGCUCACCGAUGUCUUGAAUCCCAAGGUUAUUGGUAGUAUCAUUCUUGAUAAGAUGUUCUACACCACAGACCUCGACUUCUUCGUUUUUGUGUCAUCUAUCAACUGUGUCAUCGGAAACUUGGGCCAAGCCAACUAUGCAGCAGCCAACACAUUCAUGUGCGCUCUUGCAGCACAGCGACGAAAGAGAGGGCUUCGCGCAGCCACUGUUAACGGCGGAGCCAUCAUCGGCGCUGGAUACAUGGAGCGUGAAUCUCGCAAAGCCUUAGAUAUGAUCGUACAGAAACUGCAGAUGAUGCGUCUCUCAGAGGAGGAUUGGAACCAAACUAUUUGUGAAGCCAUUGAUGCUAGCCGCUUGGAAUCACCGUACGGACCAGAAAUCACAGCUGGUCUCUCAGACGUUCCGUUCGACAUUCCUAAUGCUCCAUAUUGGUUCUUGAACCCGAAGUUCUCCUCUUUCAUCAUCCAGAGUCAGAAGGCAGUAUUGGUUGAUGAUAAGGAGAAGUCUACACUCUCAGUCAAGGAGCAAGUACAGCAGUGUCAAACCAUGGAUCAGGUCCGAAAGAUUAUUGAACACGCAUUUGCUAGCCAAUUACGCAAAGUUCUUCAAGUUACAACCUCUGAUGAAGAGAUUAUGGAGGCCGAGGGUGCUGAAAUCGGCCUUGACUCUCUUGUUUCCGUUGACAUUCGCUCGUGGUUCUUGAACACUCUUCAAGUUAGCAUUCCCGUUUUGAAAAUCAUGGGUAAUGAACCGAUGUCAAGCCUUGUCUCAUAUGCAUUGACCGCACUGCCUGCUGAAUUCGUUCCUGGAUUGAGUGGUUGUCAAGAAGAUGGGACAGCUGAUAGCACGAGCGAAAGCUCUCCUGACAUUGGUGCAGACUCGAAGAUGGAAUCCCACCCCACUACAGUAGUCACAACUCCAGACCGCAAGGCUUCACCUGAUGGGUACAAGCCAGACUUCCGAACAAUGGAUAUUGAUUGGCAAGCAGAAGCUCGCCCUCCAGUGGCAGAAUUGGACAAGCUGGCUGCGGUCACUGGGCUAAACCCUGCAAAUCCACCCAAUGUCAUCGUUCUCACAGGUGCAGCAGGUCUCUUGGGACACCAUUUGCUCAAUUACUUCUUGGAGAACACACCUGCCCGCAAAAUCCAUUGUCUUGCUGUUCGCAAGUUGUCCACUCGCCUAGCGAACAACGAGCUUCCAGUCAACCCGCGCGUUAUCUACCAUGAAGGAGAUCUUACUUUGCCUCUCCUUGGUCUAUCUGAAAAGGAGGCUGCCGAAAUCUUCUCAGAGGCUGAUGUUGUGAUACACAAUGGCUCGGAUACAUCACAUUUGAAGUUCUUCCCUGACAUGCGUACCGCCAACUGCGGGUCAACGAGGGACCUUACUCGUCUUUGCCUACCGCGCCGUAUUCCAUUUCACUAUGUGUCCUCAGUUGGUGUUUGUGUCUUGUACAGCCAGCCUGCCUUCCCACCAGUCCCAGUGACUGGUCCAGACUCAAUGCUACCGGCCCCAGAUGGCACUUUUGGAUACAUGUGCUCGAAGUGGGUUAAUGAACGUUUCCUUGAACAGGUGCAUGAUAUAUACGGCCUACCAGUCUAUAUCCAUCGUCCAUCAACUAUUAUCCGUGAGGGUGACGACGCGACCAAUGCUCGAGCCGAGCUUGACUGGGUGAAUGCACUACUUCACUACGCAAAGAAGAUCAAGGCUGUUCCCCACGUGAAGCACAACCGUGGUGCUCUUGAUCUCGUCUCCAUCAAGACAGCGUGCAGCGACAUACUCAACGCAGUCCUGGACAUCAGCAACCCAGUGGACGUUGUUUAUACUCACGAAGUUGGCGAUAUUGUUUUGCCACUGAAUGACCUAAAGAGAAUCGCUCCCGAGAAUGAAAAACCAUUCGAUGUGCUACCUCUUGAGGACUGGAUUCAAAAGGCCGUUUCCGCUGGUCUUCAUCCUGCUAUUGCCACCCUCAUUGAGAUCAUGGAUACCCCUGGAGCCCAAGACUACCCCAGACUUCUUAAGACCGUUCCAUCUGCUUGA